UUGUCGAUGUUUUGCUGCCUGUUUGUUUUGGGAUAUUUAAAUAUUAAGUUAUUAAUAAAAAAACGUCUGUUUGAAGUCUUUCCGGUGUCCUCGCGCUGCGCAUGCGCACCAGUUAAUCCUGCUCACCUCCAUCAUGGCGGCCAGGGGCCAUGUGCAAGACCCUAACGACAGGAGACUGCGACCUAUUUACGAUUACCUGGACAAUGGCAAUAACAAGAUGGCAAUCCAGCAGGCCGACAAACUACUCAAGAAGCACAAAGAUCUUCACUGCGCAAAGGUCCUGAAGGCCAUCGGUCUGCAGCGCACGGGCAAACAGGAUGAAGCGUUCACGCUGGCCCAGGAGGUGGCUGUUCUGGAACCCACAGAUGACAACUCCCUGCAGGCACUCACCAUCCUCUACAGAGAAAUGCAUCGCCCCGAGUUAGUGACAAAGCUAUAUGAAGCCGCCGUCAGGAAGGUUCCUACAAGUGAGGACUAUCACUCUCAUCUCUUCAUGGCAUACGCUCGGGUCGGAGAAUACAAGAAGAUGCAGCAGGCUGGAAUGGCGCUGUAUAAGAUUGUUCCUAAAAACCCGUAUUACUUCUGGGCGGUUAUGAGUUUAGUGAUGCAGGCCAUCUCAGCACAAGAUGAGAAGCUCUCUCAAACCAUGUUCCUGCCCUUAGCCGAGCGCAUGGUGGAGAAGAUGGUGAAAGAGGAGAAGAUCGAGGCAGAAGCCGAGGUCCAGCUGUACUUCAUGAUUCUGGAACGUUUGGGGAAGUAUGUGGAAGCGCUGGAGGUUGUGCAGGGACCGCUCGGAGAGAAGUUGACCAGUGAACUUCAGAGCCGUGAGAACAAAUGCAUGAUGCUGUACCGCCGUCUGGGGCGCUGGUCCGAGUGCAACGCGCUCUCCUGCAAACUGCUCCUGAAGACCCCUGAUGACUGGCAGUCCUACUUGAUGUAUUUUGAUUCUUUUUUCCACCUGAUGGAUGAGAGCUGGACGCCGCCACAGGAAGGGCCUCAGUCUGCAGAGGGUGAAGUUCACUCCACCGUGGCCCAAGCCAUCAGCUUCAUAGAUGAGCGAGUGAACACGGAGGAGGCGAAGGAGGCGAAGCAUCAGAGAGGACCGUAUCUGGCGCGUCUGGAACUCAUCAAACGACUGCGAGAGCAGAACUGUCCUGAAGCACAGCAGCUAGGUGAACCUCUGGAGCUCAUGUUUCAGUUCUUCGUGAAGUUCGGAGAGAAGCCGUGCUGCAUCACAGAUUUGAAGAUCUUUCUGGACCUUCUUACACCUGACCAACAUGUGCAGUUCAUUAACAGGCUGAUGGAGGCCGUGCCGCUGGGCGCUCCGGGUGAGGACGGUGUAGCUCUGCCGGGGGACCCGCGGGCCCUCCAGAGACACCUGUGUGUGACCCAGCUCAGUCGAUGUUUGGGUUUACAACACACGGCCGACGCGCAGAGUAAACUGAACAUCAUCAAGGAGCUGAAGGCUCAUUACCGUCACGGCUUACAGUUCGGGAUGUCUUGUUUAAAAACAGAGCUCCAGUUCUUUGAUAUGUACUGCGUCAUGGCAGCACAUGUGUAUGUAGACCUGUGGAUGGAGACGGGAGAUCAGAACAUGCUCUGGCAGUGUCUGGGGCUGUUAGAGGAAGGUCUCUCUCACAGCUCCACCAACGCUCAAUUCAAACUGCUGCUGUUGCUUCUGUACUGUCAUCUGGGGGCUUUCGAGCCAGUGGUGGAUCUUUACUCCAGCCUGGACGCCAAACACAUCCAGCACGACACUAUUGGGUAUUUAUUGACCCGUUAUGCAGAGGCUUUGGGCCAGUUCGCUGCUGCCUCCCAGUCCUGUAACUUCUCCCUCAGGUUUUUCCACUCCAACCAGAAAGAUACCUCAGAAUACAUCAUUCAAGCGUAUAAGUACGGUGCUUUCGAGAAAAUCCCCGAGUUCAUCGCCUUCAGGAACCGACUCAAUCACUCGCUGCACUUCGCUCAGGUGCGCACGGAGAGGAUGCUGCUGGACCUCUUCCUGGACGCAGACAUAACAUCUUCAUUAGAGGAGAGCGUUAAAUCAAUGUCUCUGUGUGCGGAAGAGGACGACAUCCCGUGGGACAACUUAAGGGACAACCGUGACCUGACGGUUCACGUCAGCUGGAAUCCCAGAGACCGGGAUUUAAAUGAGGAGCACCGACAGCGUUCUGUAGAAGAGGAGACGCUGUGGCUAAAGUUACGUUCUCUCACUCUGCGUCUGAUCGGCUGCAUCUCUUCGCUGAAUCACCCGACAGCGCCGCGUAACUCGGAGAAAACCACUGAGAACGGAGUGUCGGCCAAACCGUCUUUUCUGCAGUCGCUGCUAUCCCAACUGGAGAACACGAUAAACCAGGCCUCCCAGUUCACAGAAAAACACGCACAGCAUCAGUACCCGUUCCUGGGUCCCGUACCGUCUCGGUUGGCUCGGUUUGUGACCAGCGGCUGCUGUCAGUGUCAGCUGGCCUCUCUACAGCUGCCUCUGCACCUCCAGGAGCUGGAGACCAGUGGAUUGGAUGAUUCGACGGAGCUUCAAACACAAAUAUCAAAUCUUUUCAAGUCUUUAGCAGUACAACUUCAAGACCUGUUAGAAAAAUGUAAAGGAGAUCUGUUUGAAGUCAAAGACGGUCACAGCAACACACAAGCCUCUUUACUGGAGAACUUAGUCUACUUUGUCGAAACCAUUUGUAUCACACUGUGGGUGUGCAGUUACUGUGGAAGUGUCCUCCGACCGCUCAAGUCCAGCUUACAGAAGAAGAAAAAGAAGAGAAAAGAGGCCAGCGCUGCGACGCCGGUAGUUCUUACGGGCUUCCAGGAGUUCAGCGGCGGUCUUAAGAGUCUCCUCACUCGUGCUCUGGAGCACAUUAAGAGUCAAGAGAGCGAUCUGACUGCGCUGAAGCUGGGAUCGCUCACUCUCGAGGGACAAACUCAAACUGAGGCGGAGGAGAGCUUUAUGAAGACGGCGAUGGAUAAGGUGCAGAGCAGCUACCUGCGUUCACUGCAGGAGAUAGGAGAACUCUUGAAGAAGAGAGCGGACUCUUUCAAAUCCCUCAAAAUCUGAGCUCCAUCGACCAAUCCGGUUCCUGACCUGCACGCGCGUGGCUGCGAAUCCCCAAAGACCUGUCCCUCACUCUACAAACAUGAAGUCUGUGAAGUCGAGCCCGUCGGGCUGGGUCUCUCUCUCUGUCGUCCUCCUUCAUCUCCUCUUGUUAUUUAUCCGUCUCAUCACUCUCGUACAGAUAGAGGCACACUGUAAAAUCAACAAAAGGCUUCUGCACAAACAUCUAUGGUGCUCCGUGCGGCACUUUUAAGUGGAAAGAAACGUCAUAUUCCUAGAAAAACUACAUAGGCGAUUAAGCAAUUUUAGACAUACUGCUAUAAAUUAUUGUACAUAGUGUGAAGAUAUAUCAGCAAGGCCUCCUUGACGAAUUAAAGAGAGCGCCUUUGUCCUUUAUCAAUGUCUUUUACCUUUUUGUCUCGCUAUUACCCACCAGCCAUGUGAAACCCCUUCUGGUAAACGUUAGGAAUCGAGCCCCGAUUCGCCCAAAGUGCAUCCCGUACUGGUGCCACCGCGUAUCGUAGCCAACUCCAUCCACAACUUCCAGAGCAACUCGCACUACAAUGUGUUCAGUAGCUGUUUACAGCGCACCUGUCAGCCGAGAGCAACGUUUCAGUCUGAGGGGAUUAGAAAUGUUGUGUAUAUUUUGGGUUAAUACACAAUGGUGAUCAAGUGACCAACCUGUGUGUGGUUUCGUUCCAGGCACGAGAGUCAGUUGAGGAGGAAAGUCUGAUUUAUGUUUCGUUUCCUACUACGACAUGAGCUAAUGUUGGGUGCUUACAUUACAAUUUUUGUAUAGUACAAGUGACUUGAGCCACAAGCAUUCAAAAUGUAGCUUCUCAUACGAUGCGUUUUUCACAGACCCAUGGAAUCAUCAUCUUUUGGAAAGAAAUAAGUCGAGUCGUAGUUAAAAGUUAAUGUACGGUUGAUAAAAUUCGAUUAAAGCCAUUUAAAGGGAUAGUCCAUGCAAAAUAAAUCCUUUCAUCAUUUAUUCACUCUCAUGUCAUUUCAAACCUGUGACUUUUUUUGCAGAACACAAAAGAAGAUAUUUUGAAGCAUGUUGGUAACCAAACAACAUUGACCCUCACUGACUUCCACACAAAACCACCGAGACAUUUUUCGAAAUAUCUUCUUUUGUGUUCCACACAUACAGGUUUUGAACCACAUGAGAGUGAAUAAAUGACAGAAUUUUUAUUUUUAGGUGAAUUGUUCCUUUUAAGGUUCAAGGAUAAUUUGACCCGUUCAUUCAGUCAUGUUUGAAGUUAACUUUCUGCCUCACAGAUGUUUCGUCAUUGGUCGGAUGAGUUGUUGAAAUGGUCGAAUUGCACUGACACGCUUGAAUUUAAGUUGUUUUAUUAUUGAUGCAUACCAAAAAGUUAGCCUUGUGUUAGCGUCGCGAUGAGGCUUGAUAGAGAACUAUGCUAGGUUUUUAUAAGGCUAAUGUGUUGAUGUCUACCGAGAAGUGCAACUGUUUACAACGUUUUCGAACGCCAUUCUGAAUCAUGUUUAUAAAGUAAUAGUGUGUUAUAUGGUGUGCUGAAGUCUGCCAGCUCUCACUGCUUUAUAUCUGCUUUUGGGAGGAGGGGGGGCUUUGGAUUCAAUGCUUUUCUUCCUCAAACCUUUUGUUUUAAUUCAAGAAGGGGAUACAGUACAAGAUUGUGCAAUGAACAUUUCAGGACUGAAGGGCUCACUUUAUGUCGCAGAUGUUAUGAACUAUGAUGACUGCGACGUCUGGACUGAGGAGAUCAUUCAGAGAUGUCCAAGUGGUUGGAAUUACGUCAGCUGUUCAUUUCUUUUGUUAGGGAAAUCGGAAAAAAACACUGGAAUGUGAAAAGGGUUUUUUAAAUAAAAUGUAAAUGUUCCACA